UUUUUCUCUCUCUUUUUUUUUAAAUCAAUUCUCUUUACUUUUAAAACACUAAUGUCUCUUGAACAGAAAAAACGCGUUUGUUAUUUUUAUGAUGCCAAUGUUGGAAAUUAUCAUUAUGGACCAGGACAUCCCAUGAGACCUCAUAGGAUUCGAAUGACACAUGGACUUGUGAUGAAUUAUAAAUUAUAUAAAAAAUUAGAAGUAUUUCGAGCUAAACCUGCAAACAAUUGGGAAAUGACUCAAUUCCAUACUGAUGACUAUAUAGAAUUUCUUUCAAAAGUGACACCUGAAAACAUGGAUCAAUAUCAAAAAGAACAAGCAAAAUUUAAUGUAGGAGACGAUUCACCUGUAUUUGAAGGAUUAUUCGAGUAUUGUGGACUUAGUGCUGGUGGAUCUAUGGAGGGGGCUGCUCGAUUAAAUCGUGGACUUUGUGAUAUUGCUAUCAAUUGGGCUGGUGGAUUACAUCAUGCAAAGAAAUCAGAAGCAUCUGGAUUUUGUUAUGUCAACGAUAUUGUUUUAGGGAUUUUGGAAUUAUUACGAUAUUAUCCUCGUGUGUUAUACAUUGAUAUUGAUGUUCAUCAUGGUGAUGGUGUUGAAGAAGCUUUUUAUACAACGGAUCGAGUCAUGACUGUCAGUUUCCAUAAAUAUGGUGAAUUCUUUCCAGGUACAGGUGAAUUGAAGGAUGUUGGCGUUGGCAAAGGAAAAUACUAUAGUGUCAAUUUCCCUCUUCGAGAUGGUAUAGAUGAUGAAAGUUACAAAUCCGUUUUUGAACCCGUGAUUGACAAGGUGAUUGAAUGGUAUCGACCAUCUGCUAUUGUACUUCAAUGUGGUGGUGAUUCUCUUAGUGGAGAUAAGUUGGGCUGUUUCAAUUUAUCUAUGAAGGGUCAUGCAAACUGUGUACGAUAUGUUAAGAAAUUCAAUCUUCCAACCUUAGUGCUUGGUGGCGGUGGCUAUACUAUGCGUAACGUUGCACGUGCAUGGGCUUAUGAGACUGGUGUAGUUGUGGGUGAAGAUAUUGGUCCAGAAAUGCCAUAUAAUGAUUAUUACGAAUAUUUUGGGCCCGACCAUCAAUUAGAUGUGAGACCAAGUAAUAUGGAAAACAUGAACACUCCUGAUUACCUUGAAAAGAUAAAAACUCAAGUAUUUGAAAAUUUGUCAAGAACACUAUUCGCCCCUAGUGUACAAAUGCAGGAGGUACCUAGGGACCAUGAAAUAUCUGACAAUGAAGAUGAUGUAGACCCUGAUGAUCGAACUCCUCAACACUUACGGGAUAAACGAGUGGUACCGGAUAAUGAAUUUUACGAUGAAGAUGAAGGUGAAGCACAGGGCACUCUUUCCAAUGCAAAAAGUCGGCAUCAUCAUAAUCACAAAAUGGAUAAAAUCCACAAUCGAAAAAUCUCACCGGUAUCAUCACCAACAGUAGAAGCAACUUCAGCUAUGAACGAUGAAAAUAUAGAACCAAUGACAAUAGAUAUUCCUCAAUCAGUCUCUGUGACAGAAGAUGAAGAAAUGCAAAUUGCCGAAGCUUUACAAGAAGAAAAUAGAAGAGAAACCGAAGAAAACAUCAAGGCAGAUCUUAUGGAUGUCGAUACCAACUCAGUUGCAGAAUCUGAACAAGUGUCGGUAGAAAAUAACAUCAAGAUUGAACCCAAGAAUGAAGAUGACGAUAAUGACAAUAAUAAGAAUACCAUUGAAACAACCACAGAAUCUUUACAAGAACCGUCGUCACUGAAAUCCAAUAUCAAAUCGGCUACUGAUAGUGAAGAAGAAGGGGAAGUGAUUUCACCUAUGCCAGCAACAGCAAAAUCAUCAUCAUCAUCACCAACUACUUCAUCUGCUAUUGCGGAAGAAACAUUGGAAGAUGGUGAAAUUGCGGAUAGUCCACAAAAAUCUUAGGAUGAUUAUAUUGAUUUGAUUUUAUUAGUUAGUUAUUUAGUUAGUUAGUUAUUUUGCCUUGUUUAUCAACAUUAUUCAAAAUAAAAAAGUAUGAACCUCUGUAUUUGGUGUUGA